CACUACGCAUCACGAAAAUGACUCAAGUGGAGUCCCGCUCCAACUAUAGCCGCCUGUUCAAGGAGUUUCUGCGCCAGAGCUACAUCAAUGGACUCCAUCCGUUCAUUUACCCCACUCCCGUUCGCUAUGCCAAAGCACUCUGGCUGGUGCUGAUGGCGGCCAUUGUGGUGUGGACACACGUUGUUAUUGUCAAUCUCACAUUGGAGUAUCUCGACCAGCCAACAGAGAUUCAUAUGGCCCCCGAUCUGGUGCAUGUGGCCAACAGCCCCUUCCCUGCCGUUGGCGUUUGCACCUCAAAUAAGAUCAGCCAGCGUCUGCUGCGGAGCUAUGCCAUCGAACUCUAUCAGCACCAGGAGACGUUCAACUCCAGCGAAGACUCUACGUUGCAGCGGGUGGCCCUAGAUGUGGACGAUAUGGCGGAACACCUGCUGGUGCUGGCUCAGUUCUAUCUGAAUCCCCUGGAGACCCCGCGCCUGGACGUGGCGCACUUGCAGCGACUCCACUGGCUGCUCACGAGCUACCACGGCGACACUGGCGGCUACUCGGUGCGUGAUAUAUUGCGUCAAUUGUCGCCAGACUGUGGCGACUUGAUAAUCCGAGGCAUUGUCUACGGGUCCAAAGUGAACACCAGCCAAAUGUUUGUCAAGCGACCAACCUCAUCGAAUGUGUGCUGCAUAUUUAACUAUCGCCGUCCCAGCUACUCCCGAUUUGCGCGCAUACGAGAGGAGGACAACGCAGAGAUGAGAGCCCAGCCCAAGGUGGUGUUUGAGUCCAAUUCCAUUUUGAACAGCGUUCAGUUUGUGCUGCAGGACACACCAGAGAAUGAUCGCACCAAUACUUUUAUGACCAACAAUGCAUUUCAGCUAAAAAUAUUCCCGCAGGAUGACUAUGCCACCGUUCAGUCCACAACUUUGGGUGAAAUACUCGUGGAUCACUACACCAUUGUGGAGAUUCCCAUUCAGCCCACGUUCUUUAGCUCCAUCGAAGGAGUGCGCAACGUCCCACCCCAAGCACGACGCUGCUACUUUCCCGAAGAGGGCAGAAAACUACUCAACCAAACGUAUUACUCCAUGGACGAGUGCCUGCUGCUGUGUCGCAGCCAGAGCAUGAUGAAUCACUGCGGCUGUGUCUCACCGCCAAUGAUUGGUAGCUCCACAAAUGUAACUUACUGCAGUCUGCCCGAUCUGCCCUGCCUGUCCAAGUGGAAGAGCAUUUGGUAUGGCUACGAUGAGUAUCCGUAUCUGCAAGAAGGCAAGGACCAGAUGGCCCAACGACAAUGCAACCACUGCCUGCCCACCUGCAAUGGCGUCAGUUUCAGCAUCACCAGCAAUGUGGCGCCAAUGCGUCGCAUUUACAAUGACACGGGUUACUUGAUGGGUCUACUCAAAGGCUUGACCAACGAACGUCCCUUGGCAGUCAUCAAGUUCUUCUUCAAGUUGCGAUUUGCACAGGCCACCAAAUCGGAGCUGGUCAGCACUUGGGUGGUGCUGCUGAAUCGCUUUGGUGGCAUCCUCUCCCUUAUGUACGGCUUCAGUAUAGUCAGCUACAUUGAGAUAUUCUAUUAUCUCACGGGCAAAUGGUUUGUCUACAUCUACAGAUCAUGUAGCAAGAGGACAGUCAGGGCCGGCAACAGUCUCUACUGGGAUGAGUUGAGGCCCACACGAUUCAGGGCGCCCAAUUAGCGCAUAACUCUCCUCGGAUGUAU